GGCAAAAAUAGUCAUGGACGCAGCUACGGGUAUAACGACAGUGCAGACUUUGCAGUCCGCUUUGAGUGUCCUAACAGCGCUGCAAAUUACGUCCUUCGAAUACCCGGCAACUGCUAGCUUUGACAUCGACCUGAAAUUCGACUAUGUGGUGGUGGGAGGAGGAACGGCUGGGAGUGUGAUGGCUGCGAGACUGAGUGAGAACCCUCAGGUCACAGUCGCUUUGAUAGAGGCAGGAGGCGACCCUCCUUUAGAAGCAGAGUUGCCCGGCCUGUUUGCUCUGGAGCCGAAGAUGACCUACGACUACGACUUUCUCGCUGAAAACGAUAACUUGACGAACCAACACACCCUGGACAAAGCCGCACGGCUGACAUCCGGCAAACUCCUCGGAGGAACUACCUCAAUGAUGCACGCCCCAUACCUAAGAGGAAACCCGCUGGACUUCAACCGCUGGGCCGAAGCAGCUGGUGACGACUCUUGGAACUACGACAAUCUCCUCAAAUACUUCAUCAAACUGGAAAGGCUAGAAGACCGUGACAUCUUACACUCCAAAACAGGCAGCCUUCACGGGACCAAAGGACCAGUCGGCCUGACCAGGGAACCCAAUGAACUGAACAACAACUACUUCAAAUCGAUGGAAGAAAUCGGAUUGAAAUACGCCCUUGAUAUCAGCGGCAACUCAACUCGUGGGGUCACUGAUCCUCUCCUCAUGAUCUCAGGUGGAAGGAAGCAGCACACCGCCAAGACCUACCUCAGCCCUGCUAAGGAUCGGCAAAACUUAUACGUUUACAAAAGUACAGUCGUCACUAAAAUUAUUUUCGAUGACAACAGUACAGCUACCGGCGUGGAAGCUCUUACGUCUGAUAACGAAACGGUAACCUUCCAAGUGAAUAAAGAAGUCAUCGUCUCAGCCGGUGCGAUCAGGUCUCCUCAACUGUUGAUGCUGUCAGGCGUCGGACCACAGGAUCAGCUCGAAAAGUUCAACAUUUCAGUCGUAUCUGACUUGCCUGUUGGCCAGACCCUGCGCGACCGUGUUGCUGUGCCCCUAGCAUACAAGAUGCAGGCUUCCAACGUGACAAUCCCAGCCUCGAAUUACUUCAAGUUCCCUAACCCAGUCACAGUGGGUUUCAAAGCCCUGAACGAGUCACAGUCCCAGCCUGACUUCCAGGUCAUCACUCUUGUCUUCCCUCACGACCAGUCCACAGGCUUAUCUAUGAUUUCUUCAUUCGUCUUCAAAUACGAGAACGCAAUAACUGAUGCUAUAAUUGAUGCUAAUACGGGUCACGAACUCUUCAUGGCUUUCAUUGGAAAUGGACACCCUCAAUCUACUGGUCAGUUAUUGCUAAAAAGCACGGAUCCUUUAGAACAGCCUGAGAUUAAUUUGGGUCUCUUCAGCACUGCGUCUGAUAUAGAUGAUAUGGGUGCAUACCUGGAGUACUUUGCACAGAUUGGAGAGACCUCUCACUUCAAGAACGUUAGUGCUGAGCUGGUGGAAUUUGAUUUGCCUGAGUGCAGCAACUACACGACUGGUUCUUCGGACUACUGGAAGUGUUAUGCUACAAGCAUGUCGGUGACUUUCUGGCAGUAUAUGAGUACUUGUUCCCUGGGGUCUGUGGUGGACUCUGAACUGAAGGUGAAGGGAGUCCAGAACUUGAGGGUGGUGGAUGCGAGUGUCCUGCCAUACUUCACUUCUGGAGAGCCUGUGCCAGCUAUUAUUGCUGUUGCUGAAAAAGCGGCUGAUUUGAUCAGACGAAGCCAGUAAAAGUGGAGUCGUUGAGUGUUUUCUUGUUAUUUUUUCCUUUAUUUUUGUUAUUGUUAUCUUUACAAUAGUGUGAGUAAUUAAGUUCCGUGAAUUUUUUAAAUCAACUGAUACA